AUGUUCAGCUGUUUGGUUUGGAUGUUCAUCCUGCUCUGCAGCUCUAUAGCAGAUGAGAAGUCUAUCAGAGAUGCUGUCAUUUUUCCUUCAUCUCCUGAAAUUGAAAGAGGAUCCACCCUGAAGCUAUUUUGUGUUCUCGGAAAACACUACACACCUCACAGAAAUGCAAGCCACAUAAUCUGGAAAUUGAAUCAUGAAUUGAUUGCUCAGGAAAACUAUAACAUUGUGAACGAAACUGUAUCUAGUAUAACCAUCCGUAAUUUCACUUACAGCAAAGUGCAUGUGAAAUGUUUCACGGAGUAUUUGGGCAAGGAACAACUUUUGGUUCAUACUGAAGUUAAAUCUGGCUUUCUACCAGAGACACCGAGAAAUAUUUCCUGUGUUUAUUUCUUUGAUGCUGAACUUACCUGCACCUGGACUUCAGGAAGAGAAACAAAUUUUAUGACAAACUAUACUCUUUACCGAAAAAUGAUGACAGAAGGAGGGGUGAUUCUUCCAAAUACAGUGGCCUCCUGCCAAAGCAAAACGGAGUCAUGUUCGUUUUAUUAUCCAAAUGCUCCGUUUAGUAGUUCUUUUUGUUUUCAGGUGAAAGCUGAAAAUGUUUUGGGUGAAGCCUCAUCAGAUUGUGUUCCUAUACCUAUGGAAGAAAUAGAGAAAUUUGAACCUCCUGAAAUACUUUCAGUUAAAAAAAUCACUGGUAUAAAGCAGUUGCUUAUAGUAACCUGGAAAAUGCCUGAGAAGAUUAUUCCUUCACAAGAUUUAAGAUGCGAGAUUCAAUACAGAAACUUGUAUUCAAACUCUUCGGGAAUUGUCACAGUCCCACUGAGUUCUGCAGAGAAAACAGGAUCAUGUAAUCUUACAAGUCUGCGGGACUCCACUGAAUAUUCAGUUGCCAUUCGGUGUAUGAGUGUUAUGUCAAAAUUCUGGAGUGAAUGGAGUAGAGGGAAAACAGCGAGCACAGAAGAGAAAGCUCCUUCAGAAAAAGUGGAUUUGUGGAGGGUGAUUGAGUCUUCACACUCAGCUGGAAGUAGAUCUGUACAUAUUCUGUGGAAGCCAUUAAACAGCUUUCAACCUUCUGGGAGAAUUCUAGGCUACAAAAUACAGUAUUUUCCAGAAAACAAUGCUGCACUUAAAAUGACAAACAUCUCUACCGAUAAGAAAAUUAGUUUACUUUUAAAUGAAGAGGCAUAUAUAAUAUCUAUUUCUGCCUAUAACUCUGCUGGAAAUUCUCCUGAAGCUAUUUUGAGGAUUCCAUCCACUGAUGAAAAAACUUCUCAGGUUAUUGAAACAGUGAGGACCUUUACAACAAAUGAAGAAGUGUUUGUGGAAUGGAUAGCCUCCGAAUCAGAAGUAACCGAGUAUGUAGUGGAGUGGUAUAAGGAAUUGGAAACAGAUCCUUUUGGUAGAUCAUGGCAAUAUGUAUCAAAUUCUACAAACUGGAAAACUAACAAAAAAAACUUUAAACCAUUUAUAUGCUAUAACAUCUCGGUGUAUCCUCUCUAUGGAAAUAAAGUAGCAGCCCCAUAUUCCAUACAAACUUAUGUUCAACAAAAAAAGCCAUCAGAAGGACCUGUGGCUGACACAGGCAUUCCAGGGAAAAAUGAAGUUACAAUAAAAUGGAAGGAGAUUCCAAAGGAUAAAAGAAAUGGAUUUAUCCGUAACUAUACUAUAUUUUAUAAACCUGAAGAUGGAAAAGAAUUGAGUAAGUGUACAUUAAACAUCAGUGUUUUCAACAGG